ACUAUAAUAUGUCAGUUGGUACCGGGGGUCUGUGUGUAAGGGGGCACAUAAGGUAGAUCAGCGGAUUUAUUUUUUAGGAUUGCAAAAAAGGGAUUGGCUACUGGAAGAUAAGCUAUUUUAACGUCAUAGGUUUGCAGGUUUCCUCAUGAUUUAGCAAAAGCUAAAACUAAUGAUAUAAAAACGGCAAAAUUUAAAUUUCUUCAUAUAUCUAGGUUUUUACCGAAAAGUAUCUCUGAAGUGAGAUAAGAAUGUUGGUCACUGUUAAUGCGCUAACAGGUUCUCUUCCUCAACGUGAUAUUCCAACACCGACAAAAAGGAGAACAUCUUUUUUAAUCCGAGACAUUCUAGGUGAAGAUAAUUCGUCUUCAUCGAAGAGGAAGAUCGAGGCCAAACACAAUAAUAAUUUAAAAAACAAUUUACGCUGUUCUGAUUGUGAUUAUCAAAAACGUUGCAGGGUUGAAAACACAUACAGAAAAUAUAGUUUAGAACUCGAUGAAGAAUUUAAAGACAUGUUCCACAGUACAGGUUUCUAUACACACUCCCACCGAGAAGCCACGCCGCCAUUUUCCAACCAGGAGUCAACAUGCAUACCGCCCAACCAUUUCGAUGUACCUCAUUAUACAGGACAGCGUUUGGUUCUGUCCAACGACUGUAAACCGCCAAAAAGAACUGACUUAGGAAUUGAUAAUCGAUGUCGGGACAACAGCUAUUCCUCACUUCACUUAAACGCUCAACAUGAAGGUUGGAUACAUCCACCAACGCUCCAGUCAACUCUACCUUACGUUGAUCUCAGCUAUGUUUACAACAUUAGACCGGGAACUAUACGGCUACCUGCAUUGCCACUUCUAAUGUUUGCACCGGAAACAAAUGCGAUGUCGUAUUCAGCGAUACGAGAUGAUACGACGACAAAAAUGAAUCGACCAAACUCUGUCUGUCACGAUGUUAAACAAAAAAGAACGGAUGGUGAUGAAUCGGCACAGAGUGAUUGUGACAGUAAACCGCCCAACACACCAUCACCCGUAUCUUUAUCAUCAUCAUGUGAGUAUGUAGCAUAUCACGAACAAUCGUCACCAAAGGGAUCAUCACAUGACUUCCACCAGAAGAAACUUCAAAAGAAACCUCUCAUCCAACUCCCCGCUUACCUUCGGAGUCGUAUUGGGGGAACUGCAACCUCCGAUUCUGUUACAUCUCCAGGACCAAUUGUAAAAAGCAAGAAAUGUAGAAGAAGCCGAACAGUUUUUACUGAAUUACAGAUGAUGGGACUGGAGAAGCGCUUCGAACGACAACAAUAUCUUUCCACCCCAGAUCGGGUUGAGUUGGCCGAACUCUUAGGACUAAGUCAGUUGCAAGUAAAGACUUGGUAUCAAAACCGUCGAAUGAAAUGGAAGAAACAGGUAUUGCAGGGUGGUGGAAAAGAGCCCCCGACGAAACCUAAAGGUCGACCGCGCAAAAUACGAACAGAAUAAUCUAAGACCUAAACCACCUUGAUGUUAUGGAAAGCUUUAUCCACAUCAUCUUGAUUUUUGAGUUUUGUUGGGAUAUGUCUGUUCGAAUAAAUACUGUUGUGUCUUGUUGACAAUUUUCUUUUGUUAUAUUCUUAUGUCAGAGCAAACACAAUGUUAACACAAGUUUGUGAUAUUAAGGCAUGUAAUAUUCAUUAAACCCAAUGCAUGCAAGUACAAUGU